AUCAAAUCCCCCCACGGUCCCGUGUACCAGACAUGAUCGUUGUCGUCGCCGUCGCCGUCGUCGUCGGUUUCACCGCUCCAAUAAUAUCUGUGCCCCUCGGAAGAUAUUGCGGCUCUUCUCGCAGUUCUCUCCUCUAAUCGCUUUAACCCUUCCCGGCUGGAGAGGUCGUCACGUAUCAAUCCGAAAUUGGGUAAUUGGAUAAUAGGCAGUAAAGGAGAUUAGUAAUUCUUCUUCUUCCAUGGCGGAACACCACGCAGAUGAUUUGGACGCACUUCUCGACAGUGCUUUGGAUGAUUUCCAGAGCCUCAACCUCUCUUCUUCCAGGGGUGGGAAUGGUGCUGAGACCAACCAGGAUGAUGCAUCAUUACCAUCGGGCAUCCAAGGUCUGGGCAUGGGAUUGCCUGAUCUAAGAAAUAAAAAGCAGAAGGGGAAACAAAAGGCUCCAAAGGACAUAGCCCAUGCUGCCGAAACUCUAGAUAAGCUCAGACAACAGACUAGGGAGGCUGUCAAGGGAUUGGAAUCGGUCACUGGUGGUGAUGAUUUGGGUAGCAACGCUAUGAUGGAGGAUUGGGUGAAGCAGUUCGAGGAGCUAGCUGGGUCACAGGACAUGGAAUCGAUGGUGGAAACAAUGAUGCAGCAGCUGCUGUCAAAAGAGAUUCUUUACGAACCAAUGAAGGAAAUUGGAGAAAAAUACCCUAAAUGGUUGGAAGAUCAUAAAUUGACCUUGAGCGAAGAGGAGUACAAGCGGUAUGCCCACCAAUAUGAACUCAUAAAAGAUCUUAAUGAAGUCUACGAGAACGAGCCUGACAACUUCAACAAGAUCGUUGACUUCAUGCAGAAGAUGCAAGAAUGUGGUCAACCACCGAACGAUAUUGUUCGGGAGCUGGGUCCUGAUUUCGAUAUAUCCAAUCUUGGACAGCUGUCCCCAGAGAUGCUCGAGUCUCAACCCAAUUGCUGCAUAAUGUGACUGCUCAGUUUUAUGCAGAGUAAACAAGCGGCAGAAGGGAAAACUAGCCCAGUUGACGUCCCUCUGUUUGAUGGAGGAUGGAGGCAAAAAGAUGGUCUUUCUUUCCGUUCGUGAUACUUUUCAUCCUUCUGCAUUAUGUUCUCUACUACCUAGAUUCAUUCCAUUUAGAUGGUUAGGAUCGGAACGUGUACGUCAUAAAUGUAUUAUAUCAACAGUUUCAGUUGGUUUGGUCGGUUGGAUUUUCAGGUUUAUGAGCCAUUUUGCUGGUAGUUUACUCAUAUCGCAAUUGUUCUGGCCCUUUGAAUC